AUGUCCGGCCACUUUUGGCAGACCGUCAACAACAAUGCCCCGCCGCCGGCGCCGGUCUUUGGAGAGGGGGGAGGGCGCGCACAGUCCGACCCGGAAGAACCCACGGAUUACUACUCGCUGGCCUCCCGGCGGGUCGGCACAACACAGCGCUCGCGGCCGACAAGCGCAAGCGCACCGGAAAACGCGGUCGCAGCCGCCGCGGCGGAGUACCCGGACUACUACGCCGACGACACGACGGUGGCCAUCGAGCGGGAUGCACCGGACGCGCUCCUCCAGGCCACCAUCCUGAACUACCGCCGCGAGAACGGGCGGACGUACCACCGUCUGUCGGACGGCAAGUACCCGUUUCCGAACGACGCCCUGGAGCAGGAGAGGCUGGACAUUGUGAGCCACCUCUGGAUGCUGACGUUUGACGGGGCGUUUUGCUUGUGUCCGAAGAACGAGGGGGCCAGACGGGUGUUGGACCUCGGCACGGGGACGGGGACUUGGGCGCUGGACUACGCGGACGAGUUCCCGCAGGCGACCGUCGUCGGGGUCGACCUGAGCCCCAUCCAGCCGAUCUACGUGCCGCCGAACUGCCACUUUGAGGUGGACGAUUUAGAGAAGGAGUGGACGUGGAAGGAGCCGUUUGAUUUCAUCUUUGCGCGGAACAUGAUUGGGUGUUUUGCGAACUGGAGGGAGAUCAUCGCGCAGGCGUACAAGAGCCUCGAGCCGGGCGGGUACUUUGAGAUUCACGACUCGGAGUAUCCCAUCAAGUGCGAUGACGGCACGCUCACGGAGGACAUGCCGCUGAGCAAGUGGACGCGAAUGAUUACGGACGCGUGCGAGAAGCUGGGGCGGAGCCUGGCGAUCACGCAUACUUUUGCGGACAUGAUGGAGGAGGCCGGGUUCGAGGGGGUGGUGAAGAAGAAGAUCAAGUUCCCCGUUAGCCCGUGGCCUGAGGAUCCGAAGUUGAAGGAGAUGGGGCUGUGGGUGCAGGCUUCGCUAUUGCCUGGGUUAGAGGGGAUGAGCCUAGCGCUGUUCACGAGGGUUCUGGAGUGGAAGAUGUCGGAGACUAUUGUGUUUUGCUCACAUUACUUCACAGUCCUUCCGAUUGGGGAUAUUGUUUACGUACAGCCGCGCGGCUGCAACCCGGAUUUCACACGCCUGAUCGUAGACAUGCCAUUCUUCGCAAUGCGCAACGGUUUCAGAGGCGUACGUCACCUGGCCAUAGACUUUGAUCCUUCAUGGACUGCUGAGGGACUACGAGCGUCCGAAAGCUUUGCUGAAGGUGACGAGCUCGAGGGAGAUGAGAAUGAGCGAGACCUCCGACACUGGGUGAUGUAUGGGGCUUUAUUGAACGCUGUGACGGAUGUUGAAUAUCUCGGAAAACCAACAAUGUGGCUUGUAGACCAUCGUAUUCGUCGUCGGAAUCCCCCAGUGCUUCAGAAGUGGCAGCACGAACAUCUCUCGAUUUAUCCAGAGUACGAUCAACCCGUCUUUCAUUCGACUGCGUCAAGUUGA